GUUCAGAUGGUUAGGAACCGUCUGGAGCUGAGGGGUAUCAUGGUCAAAGAUGUACGUCUGAAUGGCUCCACCGCCAGCCACGUGCUGGUAAAGGACAUUGGCUGGAGCUACAAAGACCUGGAUGUCAUCUUCAGGGUAGACCUUCCUCGGGAAGAGGAGUUCCAGCUCAUCAAAGAUGUGGUUCUGAGCACUUUGUUGGACUUUCUGCCAGAGGGGGUGAACAAAGAGAAGAUCACUCCCAUGACGCUGAAAGAGGCCUAUGUCCAGAAGCUGGUCAAAGUGUACACCGAGCAGGACCGCUGGUCCCUCAUCUCGCUGUCAAACAACAACGGCCGCAAUGUGGAACUUAAGUUUGUGGACUCAAUCCGGAGACAGUUUGAGUUCAGCGUGGACUCCUUUCAGAUCAUAUUGGACUCUGUUCUGUCAUACUACGACUUCUCAGAAAACCCCAUGUCUCGGCACUUCCACCCUACUGUGGUCGGGGAGAGCGUGUACGGCGACUUUGCUGUGGCUCUGGACCACCUCAGGAACAAGCUCAUUGCCACCAAACGGCCGGAGGAGAUCCGCGGAGGUGGUUUGCUCAAAUACUGCAACCUCCUGGUGAGGGACUUUAGGCCCACAGACGAAGACGAAUUUAAGGCCCUUUGA